CCGUCGCGGGGAGUGCCGCCGCCGACUCGACCGCGAGCGUUACGAGGUGUCGGAAAUCAAGAGAGGCCAUCCACGAGUAUUAGAAGGGCUCCUAUACCCAGACGAGGUCAAAUGACCUCACGAGUACCAGAAUCGCCCCAUGAGCAGACCUUUGGCCAAGCUGAUCUACCCGUAGGACAAACACAGUUAACGCCGAAAGAUAAAAAAAGACGAAAGAAGAUAUCAGACGCUUCAAAAUAUAAACGCAAGUCCAGAGCAGGUUUCAUUCUGAAGGAGAAGACAUCGCAGAUUCUCUACACCACCGAUGAGGAGGUUGUCGAUGGUCUCACGGAGUUUGGGGUGUUUCUAAUCUUUCUUGUUAUCACAUCAAUGGUUACUGUUUCAGUGCGUCACCCGCACACUUUUCACUUCAAUGAAAAGAUAACAAAACUGUUUAGAUUUCGCGAACGGAUCAUGGCUCCUUCGGUGGUAAUUUCGUUUGAUAAGUUGCUUACUGUCCCUGACUGGUGGGACUAUUUGGAGAACCACUUUGUCAUCACAUUAGGCGGAGGUAUGACAAUAUCGACCACUGGUACGUCUAUAUGUCCACCGACCAAUUUGACAACUGUGACCGAUGGGGCUGAGAAUGAACAGCCCAGAAGCGGUAGACAAGAAGACCCAGAGCUAUCCGACGGCAUAUUCGACUCCGCUGACCGAGCUGACAACUCCGAUAGCAUCGACCCGAACUGGAAUACCAGAGAGAGCGGCAGCAGUGAGGCUUGCGGCGCUGCAGCCAUCAAUAUCACCGCGCCAGGUCCGCAUCGUGUACUACUGCAAGAGAAUCUUAUGCUCGGUCCACCACGCCUCCGCCAGAUGCGCGUCCGCAGUGGAAGCUGCUAUACGAACAAGGUCUUCGCUCGUUUUUUCAACUCCUGCUACUCCGGAUUUACGCUCGCAGACGAGGACAAAACCGCAAUGCACAAGGGUACACCGUAUCAGACGAUGUCUGAACUUGACGUCACACCGAUCUGGACUCUUCUGACCUUAUAUGCUGGUGGCGGAUACUCUAUUAAUCUGACCUACAACAUGGAUGAGAAUCUAAAAAAGCUCAAUAAAUUAAAGGAAGUUCAUUGGCUUGACCGAGGCUCGAGGUUGUGUUUGGUGGAGUUCAAUCUGCACAACGAGAACAUGGGUGUAUUUCAGAUCGUCAAACUUAUGGUUGAAAUACCUCCGACUGGUGGUGCCAUGCCGCGGACACAAAUUCAAACGGUUAACAAAUUUUCAUUCUUCUCCGAUCGUAGUCUGACCAUGACUGUUAUCCAUAUAUUCUGGUAUAUCAUGGUCUUUUACUACACCUUCUCUUUUGUCACUCACUUAAGAGAGUCCAGCUGCAGGAUCUACUUAAAAUCAAUCCUACAUAUUAUCGACGUCAGUGUUUUAUUGCUUUGCUAUUUGGCUAUCGUCUAUAACGUGUGGCACACUUUCAAAGUAAAGUCAAUAAUAUCUAAGGCCCAGAUGAACCAGGGCUAUCUGAGUCUCGAUGUUCUCUGCUUGUGUAAUACCAUCUACGGGAAGAUGAUGGCCAUUCUAGACUGUCUCGUAUGGAUCAAGAUAUUCAAGUUCAUCACGUUCAAUAAGUCAUUAUUUCAGUUCACGGCGACAGUGAAAAGGAGCUCACAAGACUUGCCUGGCUUCAGUCUUAUAUUUGGGAUUGUGUGCAUGACAUAUGCUCAAGUGGGUCACUUGCUUUUUGGCACUGAGCAUCCGGAUUUCCGGAAUUAUGUCACCGCAUUCUUUACCAUGAUCCGUAUGAUACUGGGUGACUUUCAGUACAAGCUUAUGGGGCAGGCCAAUCGGCUACUGGGUCCCAUAUUCUUCGUAACCUACAUUGUCAUUGUAGUCUUCAUAUUAUUGAACAUGGUCAUUGCAAUGCUUAUUGGAACCUAUAAGUCUGUCAAAACUGAAGAUAUUACCAGAGGACAAAGUAUUCUGGGCUCGUAUGUUUAUAAGAAGCUGUCUGCAGCCCUUUACUGGAUCACCCACUGCAGACGGAAGCCUCGAUUUCGGCCUGAUAAUGAUGGGUAUGCCAAUGCCGCAGAAGAAGAGACUGAAGUCUUGCGAGAGAACACAGAAGCAACCGAGCCGAGUUACUUUAAGGAUAAUCGACCCGGAGUAACAGAGGAGGAAUUGGAUCGCCUAAAUAUUCGCUUGGAUCAAAUAGAGAAAAUUCUAAAAAAAAUUCUCAUCAAUAUUGAAAACAUACUAAAACGUGUAGAGAGAUACCGUCUCAGAAGUAUAAACAAAAACAGCACGGAACCAACUCUAUAGAUAUUA